AUGGCACAUAAGGGUGUGGUCCUUGCUUUCUACAUCUUCACUUUUCUGACUGGUCUCCCUUCCAACCUCCUGGCCUGCUACACGUUCUUCAGAAAAGUGUCCCAGAAGCCUGUCCCCAUAGACAUCCUCCUGCUCAACUUGACCGUGUCUGAUAUCACCCUUUUGCUUUUCCUUCCCUUCAAGAUGGCGGAAGCCACCUGGGACAUGACUUGGCAUCUCCCUGUCUUCCUAUGCCCCCUCACCAACUUCUGUUUCUACAGCAGCAUCUACAUCAGCACCCUUUUUCUGAUGGGGGUCAGCGUGGAGCGCUACCUGUGUGUCCUCUACCCUGUCAAGUACAAGUUGAAUCGCAGGCCAAUUUACGCAAUAGCAGCCAGCCUCUUCUUCUGGUUGUUGGCCUAUUCCCACUGCAGUAUUGUCUACAUUGUCCAAAACCGCAACACCACCAUGCUGCCUUCUGACAAAAACUUCUCAUGCUAUGAGAAGUUCUCCUCCAGCCAGCUCCAAAUCCUCCUUCCUGUCCGGCUGGAAAUCAGCCUUCUCCUCUUCUGGCUACCUUUCGCCAUCACCCUGUUUUGCUAUAUCAAUGUUAUCCGCAUCCUGGCCUCCCUGCCCAACAUCCCAUCCCAUAAAAAGAAACGAGCCAUGGGCCUGGCUCUGGUGACUCUGCUCAAUUUCACCAUCUGCUUCGCUCCCUACAAUACAUCCCAUAUUGUUGGCUUCAUUCAGAAGCAAAGCCCUUCCUGGAGAGUGGAUGCUUUCCUACUCAGUGCCCUCAACACCACUUUGGACCCGGUUCUCUUUUUCUUCUCCUCUACUGCCAUACGGCGGACUUUUUCUAGUUGCUGGGUUGGUAUGUCCAAGAGUCUCUGGACCAUGGUGUCAGCCUGCUGCUCUCCUUGCUGUAAAGUUCCUGGAGAUGAUGGUGGUGGUGAAGAAGAUGCAGGAGCAGGUCAAACUGUUCCAAAUCUCCCAAGUGGAUUGGCACAAGCCAGGGAUUCCACUCUUUGUACUAGCCGGCAGAGGUCAGGGAUAUCUGAGCACUGA